ACUAUAUAAAGGCCGAUGACGCCUUUGAAGUUUUCAUUUCUUCCUCUUCAUCCUCUACAAACCCUUUCUGUUCUCUGUCUCUGUCUGUGUCAGAGUCAGAGUCAGUGUCAGCGUCAGUGUCUGUUUUUUUUUUUCCCCUUUCUAAGACAACAUUUUUAUUUUCUCUCCAUCAUAGUAGAAUACAGUGAGCAAGGUCGAGGUUUGCUAGCAAUGGAGGAAGAGAGAGCCCAGACAAAUGGUUUAGCUGAUCAUGAGGAUCAACAGCCUGUCUAUAGAGGUCUUAAAGUCAUGCCCUUCAUAAUCGGAAAUGAAACAUUUGAGAAGCUGGGAACAAUUGGCACACUAUCUAACCUCACGGUCUACCUCACCGAGGUGUUUAACAUGAAGAAUGUGAGUGCGGCCACUCUCAUCAACGUCUUCAAUGGAACCUCAAAUAUGGCACCGCUGGUCGGAGCAUACCUUUCUGAUACUUACUUCGGCCGCUUCAAGACUCUCGGUUUUGCUUCCGUUUCCUCUCUCCUGGGCCUUAUAUCAAUAACCCUCACGGCAACAUUCUCAGCUCUGCACCCUCCCCAGUGCUCAGCCCAAUCCACUGCCUGCGUUGGCCCGACAUCCGGCCAAUUAGCCUUCCUCUUUGUCGGAUUAGGCCUCCUGGUCAUUGGAGCCGGUGGGAUCCGCCCGUGCAACUUCGCCUUUGGUGCUGAUCAGUUUGAUCCCUCCACUGAAUCGGGCCAACGGGGAGUUGACAGCUUCUUCAACUGGUACUACUUCACCCUCACGUUUGCUUUGAUGGUAUCAGCCACACUGAUCGUGUACGUGCAAUCCAACGUGAGCUGGUCAAUUGGGUUCGCUAUUCCCACAGGUCUCAUGCUCUUGUCCUGCGUGCUUCUGUUUUUGGGCUCCGGUCUAUACGUCAAGGUGAGGCCCGAUGGGAGCCCCCUCACAAGUCUCGCCCAAGUGCUGGUUGCUGCUGUCAGGAAGCGGCAGCUGACAGUCCCGGACCAGUCCACGGUUAGCCUUUUCAAUCACGUGUCGAAAAAGUCCACCAACUCAAAGCUCCCUUAUACUGAUCAAUUCAGGUUCCUCGACAAAUCUGCAGUCCUUAUGCCGGUGGACCGAAUCAAUAUCGAUGGCUCUGCCUCGAAUUCCUGGAGACUCUGCAGUGUACAGCAAGUGGAGGAAAUGAAAUGUGUUCUGAGAGUGAUCCCAAUUUGGGCCUCUGCAAUUAUCUACCACCUGGCGAAUGCCCAGAACCAUACUUACGGCAUAUUCCAGGCUCUCCAGUUGGACCGCCGCCUCUCCCGGAGCACCGACUUCAAAAUCCCGGCGGCGUCCUAUACCGUGUUCACGAGCCUGAGCCUCACAUUGUGGGUUCCCGUCUAUGACAGGAUCCUAGUCCCAGGCCUAAGGAGGGUCACCGGCAAGGAGGGCGGGAUCACGGUGCUCCAGAGAAUAGGAGUCGGACUAGUCCUCUCAUUCCUGUCAAUGAUCGUCGCCGGACUCGUUGAGGAGAGACGGAGGAGCGAUGCCCUGACGAAACCGAGUCUAGGAGUCGCCUCAAAAGGUGGGGCAAUAUCUUCCAUGUCGGGUUUCUGGCUGGUUCCGCAGCUCGCCAUAGGGGGGCUCUCCGAGGCAUUCAUUUUAAUCGGGUUGGUGGAGUUCUACUACAAGCAGUUCCCUGAAAACAUGAGGAGCAUCGCGGGGGCUUUCUCCUCCACGGCGAAUGCACUGUCGAGCUACUUGAGCGGGUUCCUCGUGUCGACAGUCCACCACAUCACCUUGAGGUCAUCCUCGGGGGAUUGGUUGCCCGAGGAUCUGAACAAGGGGAAAUUGGAUUACUUCUACUACCUGAUUGCUGCAUUAGGGGCCCUGAACUUCGGCUAUUUCUUAGUUUGUGCUAGUUGGUACAGGUACAAAGGAGAUUCCAGCGGGGGAAUUGUUGAGUUGGCCUUGGAAGAAGCCGGUGGUGGACCUGAAAAACAAUCCGUCUGAGUCGGUGGCAUUCUGCUUGUAGUGAGAGGUCGAAUUUUCGCGUCCCUUUCCUUUUCACGCCCCUUAAUCGGGAUUCUUACCUUUCAGGCCUUGAUUAGGAGAGAAAAACUCUGGGUCAGACAAAAUGUUUCUCAAUCCCUCUUUCGAAAGGGAUCAAACAAACUUACUCGGUCGUCUAUUGCACGAAUGGUACCUUUAAUGGGUUUGGUCGGAAGAAGUGUAAGCCGAACAGUUCAGAAUACCUGGAACUCUCUAUUAACUUGGCCAAGCCCAUCCGAUUUAUCGACUUGAUUCGCUGUAUGGACUCUCUUGAGCAGUUGCGCCCAUGUUUCACCUGCUGACCUUACUUGGGACCGCACCUCACCUACUGCCAGCCCAAGUCCCGUCCACAUUAUGGUAGCUUGGAUUAGAUGUCAGCAACAUCCUGGGGUAUCGGCCCGAUCGAUGAACCCCCCCUUCCCCCCCAACCGGGUCUCAACCUGGUCAUAGUAUCCUCGCUAAAGACCGAUUUUAGUGAAUAGUUAUGGCAACCUAAUUAGGGCCUAGCUGAGUGCUAGCCAUUUAGUUGAUGCUGAUAUGGGCGAACCCAACGAGCUUGUCAAGCUACAAAUUCGGAAACAUACAUUACACCAUUAAAUACGAAAAAUAUAUCUUUUUUUA